CGCCUGCCCGCACAGCUCGGCCCAACUAGAGAAUUAUCAGGUACCCGAAGAGAUCCAAUCCAGAUCACCAGCUUAACGGGUUCCACGUGGAACCGACCUUUCUUAUUCAAGCUUAAUUUGUGACACUUGCAGUUGUUCUCCUCAACCUCCUUUAGCCCGCCGACAAUAUGUUUCUUUUGCACAAUUACCUCUCAACUAUAUACCCAUAGCCUGGAACCAUGUCGACCGUUCGGUUACCGUUCCUAUACCCGCAUUUAUUUCGGGCAGCCCGCUUCGGCGAGUCUUCAGCUCACGGAACGAAGAUCCGAUGUCGCAAGUCUUCGAAUAAUAACCCGCGCAUGGUAGCAUUCUCAUCUUCCACUCCGUCAAGACAGGCUAUCUUCGAGAGGCAUGGUAAAGCCAUCGAGCCGUUGCCUAUUACGCCCGACGUUGUAAACCUCCCGGUGCCAGGUGCAGAUCCCGCAAAACUAUCGAGCUUCCCGAAUGCGGAGCCGUCUGGCAAAGAUGAUGCAAAUAAGGGGAAGGAAGCAGCGCAAGAACCUCAAACUUCAGAGGAGAAAGUAGCAAAAGAAUCCGACAAUGCCGAGGCUCCUCCACCAAAGGCGUCUGCAGCCCCCGCCUCCUCGUCUUCGAGUCCUCAGCAAGCUGCAACAGAGGCUAAGAUGCAAGAAAGCGGUCCGAUGGAAGCAGUAUUACAUAUGCCACCGCCCGAAGCAUAUCAACAUCCCCACCUAUCAGCCUCUCCUUAUGUUCACCAUUUUGACACCUACACCCUUGUGAAGCAGUUGGAGGGAGGUGGGUAUAGCACGGCGCAAGCUACUACAGUCAUGAAGGCUAUCAGAGGACUACUAGCUCAGAAUCUAGACGUCGCUCAGGCUGGAUUAGUGAGCAAAAGCGACGUGGACAAUGAGACGUAUUUGUUUCGCGCUGCAUGUUCGGAACUCAGUGCUGAGGUAAAUAACAACAAGAGGGCUGCCGACGAAACAACACGUCAGCAGCGAACCCAGUUACAACACGAAGUUGAUAUCCUGAGCCAGCGGAUGACUCAGGAUCUCAUGACACUAAAGGAUGAUGUUAAGGGCAUGUUCAACGACCGCCGGAUGAAUGUGAGAGAAGAGCAGAGGACGAUGGAGAGCGUGAUCCAGCAGCUCAACCUGAAAAUUAGCGUGACUCUCAACAGCGACUCCAGAUCGGACAUUGAGGGGCUACGCUGGGUGCUGAUUCGUCGAUCCGUCUUGGGUAUAAUUUUCAUGGCGGUGUUAACUCUAGGGACCCUGCGAUACGCAACAUACGUCAAGUAUGAGAGGCGGAUGGAAGCAGAGGAGAAGGCUCGGCGUACUGAAAGGCAAAGGAAUAGUCUAGGCAGGGAAGAUCACGCCCCUCCUUUCGACGCGGCGGAAAUUCUGGCGGCAAAUUAAACCUUGAUACCCGUGGGAAUAGAAUAGACAGCGAUGACAAAAUAAACAUGACCUUCUCUCGACCUGUUUUCACGAAUUAUAUGCACAGCGAUUCCUUAACCAGCGUGAAAUCAUAGGGUUGUAAAUCAUAAACUCCCGAGGCCUAUUAAUGGCCUAUUAAUAAAGCUCGGCCGCCCCAAACGCCUUUGCAUAAUCCAAUGGAGUGUAGAGCAACACUAAUUGUCCAGGCCCAAAUAUUCUAAUCUCUGUUGUUCUGGGUAGAGGAGUCCCUUUCCGCGGCUUUCCU